UAAAAUAAAAAACAAAAUCAAGAAAUAGCUACGUUUUCAUGACGUACAUGUCAUGUGGCCAGUAACGUGGUGCUAUUCGUUGGCCUGAGCACGUGGACAACUUCCCGUCUCGGUCCAAAAACAUUCUAAGCGCUUGUUAUGGCAGAGAAAGUGGACCUCAUCUCGAAGUGCAUCAGAACUUUCCAUGAUUUCCCUACAAAGGGGAUUCCAUUCAAUUUGUGUUUGUUAUUUAAGGGACAUUUGUCCGAUCUUGAAGGAUCCGAAAGCGCUGGCUGCAGUGACGGAUCUGUUUGAGGAGCACGUGAGGCGCUCGUACCCUCAGGUGGAUCUUGUAGUCGGACUUGAUGCGCGAGGAUUUCUAUUCGGGCCACUUUUGGCUCAGAGAUUAGGUGUAGGAUUUGCUCCAAUCCGAAAAAAAGGGAAGCUCCCUGGCCCAACGUUAUCAGUAUCUUAUAGUCUUGAGUAUGCGAAGGCUGAGGCAGAGAUGCAGGAAGACGCUGUUUCUGCAGGACAGAAGGUCCUGAUCGUUGAUGAUUUACUGGCUACUGGAGGAACCCUGCAUGCGGCAUGUGAGCUGAUCAAACAGCAGAAGGCCGAGGUGCUGGCCUGUUUGGUGGUGAUUGAACUCAAGUAUCUCAAUGGAUCAGAGAAGCUGCAAUCAACCCCGGUGUUCUCUCUAAUACAGUACUGACAGAACUACUGCUCACAUACCUUAGCCAUCUGAAGUGAAUUUUAUGGUUUAUAAAUAUGAAGAACUUCCAAUCAUGUUAUGAUGGUCUUAAUUCAACUUUGACAAAUAACCAAAAUCUGAAAAAGAGACAGGCUGCAUAAGAAAUCACUUACUAAGUAAGGUCAAUCAGUAAUCAGCUGCCAAGAAGAAAGAAAAUAAAGUGUUUUAUAGUGUUAAUGUUAUCUUCAAUCGCGCCAUUUCAAACACUCUCCAUUGGCUUCCUGGGUUAGCAAAAUGUUUGUUGUAUGCACAAUUUAGAAGUUGCCUUUAUGUGCUUUUUUUUAAUAAAUUGUCUAAUGAAUAUUCCAGGCAUGCCACUCUUCACCGAUAAACAAAUGCAUGUGAUUUCAGAUAUAGCUUGUGUGAAGCUUCCAGUUUGUGAAUAUGAAACUCUGUUGCUUGCAUGAACUUGUUUAUUGUAAUUUAAUUGGGGCACAUUAACUAGCUGAACCUUAAGGUUUAAGUUACCAAAUAAGCCAAACUUGGGUACAACUACUUUAUACAAAUUACUUUUUGAAUGUCUACAUUUAUGAACAAUUAUUGUGCUACAAUGCAAAAAUUACAGCAGUUAAAAACACAGUGACCGCCAGACUUGAAAGUCUUGUAAAAUGCAAAACGGACUGAACAAAUUAACACGCAAUCAUGUCAUCUCAAUGUUAAGAUCCAUAAUAAAAUAUUGCACAUUGUAUUCUC